UCCCAGAGAAUGGUGUUCGAGAAGUCACCAGAUGGUGGAUGGGGCUGGGUUAUAGUACUUGUCUCCUUCUUCACCCAGUUCUUGUGUUAUGGAUCUCCAUUAGCUGUUGGAGUUUUAUAUUUAGAAUGGCUGGACAUUUUUGGAGAAGGGAAAGGAAAAACUGCUUGGGUUGGAUCCCUUGCAAGUGGUGUCGGUUUACUUGCAAGUCCUGUUUGCAGCACAUGCGUCUCUGCAUUUGGAGCCAGACCUGUAACCAUCUUCAGCAGCUUUAUGGUUGCAGGGGGGCUAAUGAUGAGCAGCUUUGCGCCUAACAUCUACUUCCUGUUUUUUUCCUAUGGAAUUCUUGUUGGACUCGGGUGUGGCUUAUUGUACACAGCAACAGUAACUAUUACAUGCCAGUAUUUUGACAAACGCAGAGGCCUUGCCCUUGGCCUCAUUUCUACAGGAUCAAGUGUUGGACUUUUUAUAUAUGCAGCAUUACAAAGAAAACUAAUUGAACUUUAUGGGUUGGAAGGCUGUCUGCUCAUUGUUGGCGCAUUGUCUCUAAAUAUACUAGCGUGCGGGAGUCUAAUGAGACCUUUGCGCUCAUGCAGUUUUUCCUUACCAGAGAAGCCAUGCCUCGAGAAGAUUCCAGACCAGUACCUCAUUUAUAAUGAAAAAGAAAAAAACCUUUAUGAAGAGAAUGAAAAUAUAUUGGAAAAAGCCAGUACUGAAGGGAAAAGUGUGAAUAAACCAUCCGGCAGUGAUUGUAAGCAGGGAUCUCUUGUGAACAAGAACAGACUGUCGUCAGUCGCAUCAAAGGAGACAGACACUUACAAAAUGAAAGUCGCAGAAAAGACAUAUUUCUGUAAACAUCUUGCCAAAAAGAAAUGGCACCUCUAUUUAGACUACUGGGCAGAAACACUAAGUCUUUUUAAAAACAAAGUAUUUUCAUCGCUUUUUAUUGCCAUCUUCUUCUUUGACAUUGGGGUAUUUCCUCCAUCUUUGCUCAUGGAAGACAUAGCCAGAAGUUCGAAUAUUGGUGAAGAAAACUGCGUCAUUCCUCUUGUUUCGAUCAUAGGCAUUAUGACUGCCACUGGUAAACUUGCUUUAGGAAUAUUAGCAGAUUUUAAAUGGAUGAAUACUUUAUAUCUGUACGUCCUGACCUUAAUAAUGACUUCAGUGGCACUGCUUUUGAUUCCGUUUGCCCAAAGUUACAUUAUGCUGGCAAUACUUUCAGGGGUUUUAGGUUUUCUGACUGGCAAUUGGUCCAUUUUUCCAUAUGUCACAACAGAGACUGUGGGAAUAGAAAAAUUAGCCCAUGCAUAUGGUAUAUUGAUGUUUUUUGCUGGACUUGGAAAUAGUCUUGGACCACCAAUUGUAGGUUGGUUCUAUGACUGGACAGAGUCCUACGACACAGCAUUUUAUUUUAGUGGACUUUGUGUCUUGUUUGGAGGGCUGCUUUUGUUGGUUGCUGCAAUUCCAUGUUGGAACAACUUGAACAGUAGCAAUCAGCCUGAAAAGCCACUUCCGAGUAUUUACUCCUACAAAGUUUCAGCCACUGCUUAGGUGACGGCAAAGAGCCUUCGAUUGCCUUUUUAUACUGCACAGCAAGAUAUUUUAGUAAU